AUGUCUCUCUCAAUCCAGCUUCCUCAAACCGGGCCAUAUCACCCAGGCUCCCACUUCAGCGGUACCCUUUUCCUCACCUCGGCCAGGUCCAUUCCCAUUGGCUCCAUCGUCAUCACUUUCACUGGCCUGUCUCGCGUUACAUUGACUCAGAACUAUGGAGAUCUCAGUGUUUCGAGCACCGAUUAUCACUCGCGCGAGGUCCUCUUUCAGCGUGAGAAGGUGUUGUAUACUGGAGGGAAAUGGACGCACAGUGCCGGUGAAUAUAGUUGGCCGUUUGGGUUUAAAGUGCCCGAGUACGCCGAUGAUAGAAUGAUGUCAAGGUGUCUAGCCCUUCAAAGGACCGUCCAAGGUAUCCAAAAGCAUGACUUGCCGCCGACUAUGCUGUAUAGUUGUCGGGGAUUUGUUUGUGCUGUGGAGUAUAUUCUCGAAGCGACAUUGAGGCCGCCGUUAAGCUCUCCUAUGGCGACCAUAGGGAAAAGCAUCGCCGCAAAAAGUUCGAUCAAUAUCCUGCCCCAGAACACUGCAAGGAUAGGUGCAACUCAGAAUCCUACCAGUCGAGUUGAUCAGUCUUAUGUCCGCCAUCACCAAGUGUUCAAACUCCCCCGAGGGAAGACGCAUGUCUCCCUUCAAAACCCAAUGUCUCGAAUCCUGAAGCUUUCAAAAUUGCAACGUGAUGGCCGCAAAGAAGGAUUGGCGGCUGCUGAACCUUCACUCAGUAUUUCUGUCCUUCUGCCACGGAGAAUAGAGAACAGAGAAGACUAUUCGACAAUGAGCAUAUUGUUCUCUGGCCAAUCACUCAGCAACACCAAAACGUGUGCAACAACUGGCAUAGAAAGUCUGCCUCCAUCGGCUGCGACAAGCCUCACAAUCAAAAGCAUGAAGAUCGCAAUCAUUCAACACACGAAGGUCCAAGCAGGGCACCACCCAUCAACCUCCACGCGCAAGACGUAUACGCGAAAAACAACAUGCUCACUGCCACUCUCAAUCAGUCAGUGUGAGACAUUUCCGUCUGGCACCGACGGGGCAGGCACCAUGGAAAUAUCCGCCUAUAUGGAGGUCGACCUCGCCGAGGUCACUCAACUGCGCAUACCAAGAGAGAGUCUUGUCCUGGAUUUUGCGACAUAUAAUGCUGCAAUUGAGCAUACGCUGAAUUUGGAGAUUGGAAUCGAAUACGAAGGCAGGGAAUUUAAGUUUGCGUGCCAGGAUGUGCCGAUUAGAGUGGUGCCUGCUAGUAGUAUGCCUGAGCAGAGUGUCGUCCAGGCAGAGUACCCGAGAAUCCAGAGGCAGAGUGAGUAUGGGCUGGCACGUGUUGGAAUUGGAAGACUCGUGGCGCAGUCUUCUAACCAACAAGAUCAGGAUGACGGAAGUGAGGCCCAGGCUGGUGGUCGUGGGGAGGGAGAUUGGGUCAUCCCGCCACCUGAGGCGGGCUCAAUAGGCGGUCAUUCUUACAGCGAAACCGACGCAUUCUUCUCGCAACCCCCGCCGAGGUAUGCGCCGAGGACUUAA